ACACACACCCCCGGCGAGCAUUACCUAACCGAACCAUUCGUCUGGGGUCGUUAGGGCGGCCCGGUAAACGAGGAACCACAGAGACGGGAUUGUUAAUCAUAUCAAUGAGCGUCUGAGUCGGCCUCUACAGGAUCUCCACCUCCAGUGUUGCCAGAACCCAGGUGUCUAAGAGAGAGUUACGAGCCUCUGUAACCUUCACUGUCCUACACCAAUAGUUAGCUGGUAUCACUGUUUUUCACUCGCUCAUAUUACUUAAAAGGGAUAAUAAAGGCUCGUUAGGGGCAGCGCUGCACCUCCCAUCUACUGAGCCGUGGAUCCAAUUGUGGUUGGAGGAUCAAGGGUGGAUCAGAAGGGCGUGAGCCAGCAGUACCUGACAGCGGGGGUCCCCAGGUGAUGUAGCCGCGGCAUCCACGCCCCGCUGUGUGCCCGAACCCCGCCUGCCCUCCACCCCGCCUUCACCAUUAGCGCGGGAGCUACACUCUCAACAAACAUAUCCCGCGCCUUCUGCAGUGUGUGUGUGUUGAGAGCACCAGCAACGAGAAACAUUUAUUCAAUGUUUUUAGUUAAUAUUUGUGUGAAACAACUGAAAACUUUGCAACAUUUAUCACCAAUGUGAAUCUUUUUUAAGUGUGAAUAUAUGUCUCAUUCUGUGCCAAGGAUCUGGUCACACAAGUAAAGACUCACCAUAUACUCCCAGACUGAUAAUAACAUAACGAGUCUUGCUGCCGUAAACUGAUUGUUUUAUACAGCCAAGACUGCGGGAGUUACCAACAGCCAGCAGGUGUGGAGUAUCAUGCACUAGAUGCCCCACACACACCCAUGAAGACGCCAGCCUUGUUGAGAACAUCUCGCAAGAGGACCCCCAGCCAAGCUCGACUCCACCCGUAAAACAGACAGUUCGCGGCCCUUAACACGUAAAGUGACACCCCAGCCCGCCCUGCUCCAUCACCAGUCACACUUCCUCCUCUCCAGACCCACUGAACGAGGGUUUAACCAAUCUAAAAUAUCCCAUUUAUGUCCCUAAUCGUCCCAUAUAACCCAUGAUCGUCAUCUAAAGUGCAACAAAACGCGGAGUUGAGGUUUGAGGGAUUCACCUGCGCGUCCCAGGGGCAGGCCGAGCCCACCACCCCUUUGUUGUGGCUUAGUGGGGAGGCAGCGUUAUCUGAGGCGGGGACGCCCACCCUGUGCUGAUAAGCCACUCAGUCUCCCCCACGUUGGCGUUUUAUCGCUCAGAGAACACCCAGAGACGCUGCCCGGGAACGGUAGCAGAUGUGAUCAAGUGUGGUGAAAAAAGGUCGGAGAUAUAUGAAAAAAAUAAUGAAAUUGUGCUAAAGAAUAAGACUCGUGGCCUCGAGACUCUGACGGUGGUAAAUAAAAUUGUGAUUUGAAAAUAAAACGUAAAAUAUAUCGAGAAAUUAUCCUAACAUUGAUGUGAUUAAAGACAGGGAGUGAAGAACAUAGUUAAUGAAAAGACAUUUAACUCAAGUAGAUGUUAACGAAGAAGAAGUAAAUAGUGUUGUUGUUACUCUAACCUGAAACACUUGGCUGAGAAACAUCUACAAGAGAGAGGAGAUUACUUCAGGUCCGCCUCAGAGACAUUCUAGUGAUCACUUCUUUAUGUAAAUGAUCCUCGACCUGAGACACAAUAACAGGAGACAUUGUAACGACGCCAGACAGUGACCCGAGGCGCUCCAUCACAACACAUACCUUAUAUUAAACUCUCUUACACCACCCGGAAACUAUAGAGAAUUGAGAUAAAGAUAAAUAGUGGUAAAUAUUGUGACCACGAGAGAGGAUUUGGGAGUCUAAGAUUACCAGAGACUCCCUCCAGUGUACACGAGUGACUGACACCAACCACUCCCUCACCUUCUCCCUCACCUUUCCUCACCCUUUUCUCUCACCAUCCCUCACCUGUCACCUCUCAUCUUCCCUCACCUGUACCAACACCUAAAUAUUGAUCGUGUUAUUGCAUAGAUAAUUCCAACGAAAAUACUAAGAAUUUUUUUUUUGUAUUUUCUGGGUUUAUAAAUUAAAUUCCUUGAUCUAUAAAUUUUAGGCUAAUUAGUAAAGUAUUUUGUGUAUUUUACUAUUAAUAUUUUUUUCUGUUAACAUUAAAUAAAAUAAUCUUCCCUGGUUUAAGUUUCCUGUAUUAUAUUUCUUCUGAUAUAUAAUUUUUUAUAUUCAAAUAUCUUGUAUAUAUAUUUGUACUACAACUUCCUUAAGAUCUAUAUAAGAAUAGUAUUUUUGUUGUUGUACUGUAUAUGUCUUAGGUAUUAUAUUUUUACUUAUAUAUAUUUUGUAAGUUUUUGGCAAUAUUUUGUAUGUUUUAUGUGUAGUGAAAUAUUGAGUGUUAAUAUUGGGACGACCAUUGGUGUGUGUAGACGAGGCAAGAGUGUUGUGUGGUGGUCGAGGUUCGCUGUAGGGGGGAGGUGUGAGGGGUUGGGUGCGCCAGUAGCCUACACAAACACCCGUCAGCAAACAUCUCCACCUUGUCAAGAACCCGCGCGGUCUGACUCUCUCUCUCUCUCUCUCAUGGCGACCUCACUUUAGGCCUUUCUGCUACCUUACACUCUUUGUUUAGUGUCUUGGCGAGUGUCAGUGAACCCCGGGCAGUGUACUGUGAGGUGGUGAUGUGUCGAGAGUUAGGGACACCUGCGACACCCAACACUCGUCCGCUGGAGCAAUAAGUGUGUGUAUAGUUUUAUCAUUCCUUAAUAAUACUCAUUAAGAUGAAUAUGGAUGACAUAAACGGGGCCAAGUACGCUCUACGGACUAAGUCGAUCAUUAAGAGAAUAGAAUCAGAGAAAAACAGAGCGACGUCUAAAAGGAGAGAACCUAAGGAGAAGCAGAAGCCGCCGCCGCUGAGUAAGUACCGCCGCAAGACAGCCAACGCCCGCGAGAGGAACAGAAUGAAGGAGAUAAAUGAUGCCUUCGUCACGCUGCAGAAGGCCAUCCCGGAUCUGCCUGGUGCUGACGCCGAAAAGUUGACUAAGAUCACCGUCCUGAGACUCGCCGUCAACUACAUUAAUGCUCUGGCUGGAGUCCUCAACGAAGACGAUUUUGGUCCAACAGACAUCGAGGACGUGAGAGAAAUUUGGUGUUUAGAAAACGCUCAUAUGGCUCGACCAGAGCACUGUGUGAGGCCGGUGAUAAGAACUAGUAAAAUGGCCCUCAGUAACACGGGCAAGAGUAGCGCCAACAACAACAUUAACAACAACAACAACAAAAAUCAUAACAAAAUAAAUAAGCCCAAAUGUUCUUCUGUUACGAAAAUGCACGAAAAUAAAAAUAAAAAUUCAUUAGGCGGGAAAGUGUCUACUAAGCGACCAAGUAAAUCUAAAAUUAAAACCAAAAUAUGUAAGACGGCGAGCAUAGCGACCAACAAUGGCGCCUACAUCACCCUGAAGAACGUGGCCCUCCAGACCCCGCCACACAGACUAGGAAGAUACGCUAACAAUGAGCCACUCAUGAUGUCCAUGACGGUCAAGAGGCCAAGAAUGGAAACUUUUACGGGACCUCGAGAGGCUAAAAUACCUCGUUUGGAACCUCUGAUGCCUCUAGUGGCAGUCAACCAGCCCCUACUGGCCCUCACGCCCUACGGGACGGACCUGCUGCACGUACCGGCGUCCAUCCCGGGGCAUAACACUCCUGAACCUCGCAUAGGGGCGACGCCGUUCACGCCGCGUCGAGUCUGUAACCCUAACAUGCCAUCGUUCAUCAGUCAAACGGACAGCUUCUCCGUCAAUGUCCUUCAAGACUUGGACAGUCCGGUUGUGAGGAACGACGUGUUGCUUGAGUUCCCGAGGAGUGGACGUCACUUGAGUGACUCCUCGAGCGCCGACUCAGCCUUCUCCAGCGAGGGGUCGUCCCCCCCAAGUCCCAUCACGGGCGCCACCUUCUCAACAGCUGUCCCGGUACCCAUAGGAGACAGUUCUCCCUCCUUCUCCGUCACGUCCAGCGACUUCUCCGGGUGUGGCUCUGCGUCUGACUGUGAGAGCGUCUUGACGGCGCCCGUGGAGCUGGGCAGUCUACUCGGAGACGAACCCUUCGAGGAGGAGCUGGACCACCUGACCUCCACCUUUGCCGAGGGUGACGACACGCUCAAUCUCUUCCUCGCUCACUCCUCCUCGAACUUUAUCUACGCGGAUAUUGACGACUGUUAGGAGGAGUCUGGUCCAUGUUCUCUCGUACAAACAUUGGUUGUUAAGUCAGUAUAAACUGAUGUUGAGCCGGAAUAAACUGUCGUUAAGACAGUAUAAAGUGUUAAGUUUUGUUAAGUCAGUAUAAAGUGUUCCCGGUGAUGUAACGUGAUGUGUUCGUCGUCAGGAUGUUCUUGACGGCGUGAUGUAACAGAGAUGUGUUCCCACCAUAACAUAACCUUACAGCGUUGGAGUCUUGUUGGUGAUGUUGACCAGUUGUCUUAAUAAUGAUUACUAUGUAAUACUGAAUGUUGUGACAGUCUGUACAAUACAAUAAUCACUGUGUUGGUCACUACAAGAUUAUGUAAUGUUUAUACGUAACUUAAGUAUAGAAGUAUACAUAUCAACCUCCUGUGUUCACAUUUUGUAUAUAAGAUGUUUUCCACUUUUGCUUUUUAUGUAAAUAAAACGAUUUUCAUUA